ACUCUUCUUCUGUCUUUCAUUCCUCUUUUAUACUCUCUCUGUUCUCUUCACUCACUCCACUAUCAAUUUCUGGAUCUCAUUCCAAUUUCCCAUUCUAUCCCCAAAAAUGACUGAACCAACCACCAAACCCAACGGCCUAGUUAACGGCGUCGCCGCCACCAACGGCAACCCCGGCGGCCCUGUGAAAAACCAGCUCUACAACCCCAACCGCCAAAUGUACCGUCCCCAGUCGCACUACAACCGCCGCCACCGCUCCAACCGGAGCCUCUGUUGCUGCUGCUGCUUCUGGACAAUCCUCAUCCUCCUCUUCGCCGCGCUCGCCGCCGCCAUUGUCGGCGCGGCACUCUACGUCCUCUACCGCCCUCACCGCCCGGAAUUCUCCAUCACCAACCUCCGCAUUGCCAAGAUGAACCUCACCACCUCCGCCGACUCGCCGCCGCACCUCACCACACUCUUCAACCUCACCCUCAUCGCGAAGAAUCCCAACAACCACCUUAUCUUCUUCUACGAGCCGUUCUCCGUCACCGCGUUCUCAGAUUCCGUGCAAAUCGGUAACGGGUCGCUCACCGCGUUCGGGUCCGACAAGAACAACCAGACGAGCCUCCGUGCGGUGGUUUCCGGGUCGCAGGAUCUGGACACGGAGUCGCUGAGUAGCUUGAGAUCGGGGUUGAAGGCGAGGAAGGGGUUUCCGGUGACGAUUCAGAUGGAUACGAAGGUGAAGAUGAAGAUGGAGUGGCUGAAGAGCAAGAAGGUGGGGAUUCGAGUGAGGUGUACCGGAAUCAGAGGGACGGUGCCCGCCGGAAAGUCGCCGGCGGUGGCUUCCGUUAUCAACUCUGAAUGUAAGGUGGAUCUUCGAAUCAAGAUCUGGAAAUUCUCAUUCUAGUUUUUUUUUUGUGAGUCUUUGAUUGAUUGAUUGAUUAUUAUUAUUAUUAUUAUUAUUGCCUUAAUCAAAAUAUUAUUAUUAACCAAUAAUCAAUCCAAUCAUCAACUCUUUCUCUUUUUUUAUUAUAUUUUUUUAAGUUUCAUUCUUUUUGGUUUCCAUAAUUGCCUUUUGAUUUGUGAUGAGAUUUGAGAAGAUGAAAUUUGUAUGGACAGGAAACAAUACUGAGAGAUUUAGGCCAUGGAAGCCCUAAAAUUGGGGUUUUGGGUGGUAAUUGUUGCUUUAAUUUGUUUCAAAGAUUUUAUAGUAAUGCAACUGCAUAUUAUAACUGGUUUGGAA